AUGAGUUCCGACAACAACUCGCUUGUUUUGCAAGAGGUGGAAGCACUGCAAGCAAUCUACGGUGAUGAGAAUGUCUCUUUUCAGAGCCACGAUCCCCUGCACGCCACAGCUAAAAUCUCUGUUUCGCUGGAGAGCCUUCUGACACAGCCGCAUACGCUAGGAAGGAAGAUUUCGCUUUCUACUUCGCUGCCAAGUGGAUAUCCUACCACCGCAAAACCCAACCCACCUACGUUGCGCAGCGAUGCCUUUUCAUCAGCGACAGCAGCACGUCUCGUUGCACAAAUGCUAGAUGACGUUUUCGCUCCGGAAGGGGAGGUUUGUUUGUUCCAAUAUUGCCAGGAUAUUGUAUCCAUCCUGGAGACCUUCUCGCAUGAUAGCGAGCUGAGCCGCGACGCUGGCGCAGCAGUCUCUGGACCCACAGACAAUUCCAAACAAUCCUCCGAAGAUCAAUAUGAAAUAAUGCACGGUGAGCCGCUUACUGAUCGCAAAAGCGUCUUUCAAGCACACGUUGCGGAGGUUCGAUCAUCUAGCGACGUGGAUGCAGUUUUAGAGCAACUUAAGGCAUCCAAUCGAAAAAUAGCGACAGCCACGCACAACCCUUUUGCCUACCGUAUUGCAACGGAACGUUCCAUUCAACAAGACGCGGACGACGAUGGCGAGAACGGGGCAGGGAAGAAUAUUUUGUUCAUUUUGCAACAGACGAAUGCUAUCGACGUCAUUUGUGUGGUGUCGAGAUGGUAUGGCGGAUCUAAGCUUGGCCCAGUUCGGUUUAAACACAUAUGCAAAGUCGCUAGAGAUCUUCUAGAAUUGCGCCAAGUUGAAUUGUCGCAGGCAAAGAGUACCCGAUAGCUAAACACGCAUUAAAGCAUUUGCUGAAAAAUCCUUCUCAUUUAA